AUGAAUUGCAAAAAUUAGUUGGAAGAAGAUUUGUAUGGAGUUUUGGCUUUAUCAGAAGAUGUGAAUAAAGCAGUCUUCCCAACCCUAAUUAAAAUAUUAAGAAGAGAGGAAGUUUAAGACUGCCUAGAAUUUCUCUCAAAAGAGCACAAUUAAUUGCUAUUAAUAUAAGACAUGCUAUAAGUAGAAAAUUUAUCACUUUUACACAAGAAAUAUUUUCAAGAUGUUGAGAAAAUAAUAAAUAUCCUCAAAAUAAUUAAGGAUCAUGAUUUGAAUAUACAGAAUUACUCCAUAAUAGAUUAUAAAAAAAUCAGAGAGGAUUUAAUUCAAAAAAUAGAAAAUAAAAGGAAUAUAGUGCAAUUUUAAAUAUUCGUAGUUUAACUAACUGCCAUUGAUAAGAGAUUUAUCUAAUGUGGAUCAAAUUUGCUCAAUUUAUUAGUCGAGAUGAAGGUAGAUAUUAGGGAACACAACUUUGAGAAUAUAAGGAUUAGAGACACUUCAUUAAUUGGUGCUAAUAUGGUGAGAUGCAAUUUGAGUGGUUCUUAAUUUGAUAAUGUUAAUAUUAAUGGAAUAAACCUGAACGGAGCUCACUUGCUAAAUUGUAAAUGGAAGAACAUUAAAAUACAUGAGUUAAAUAGAUUAUGCGGAUAUCAUCCUGUACGAACUGUUUGCUUCUCUUCUGAUGGCAAUACAUUAGCAUCUGGGAGCGGUUCUAUCUAAUUAUGGAAUAUAAAGACAGGAUAAUAAAAAGCCAUAUUCUAUAGCCAUAGAAGGAGUAUCAAUUCUUUAUGCUUCUCACCUGAUAAUACUCUAUUAGCCUCAUGCAGUGAUGAUAAGUCCGUCCUUUUAUGGGAUGUCAUGAAAAGAUAAGAAAAAGCUUAAUUAGAUGGACACACUAAUUGUGUCAAUUCUGUAUGCUUCUCUCCUGACGGUUCUACAUUAGCAUCUGCUAGUGAUGAUAAAUCUAUCCGUUUAUGGGAUGUUAAGAGAAGAUAAGAAAAAGAUAAAUUCGAUGGUCAUACUAGUAAUGUCUAAUCAGUAUGUUAUUCUCCUGAUGGUUAUACAAUAGCUUCAGGCAGUAAUGAUAAGUCUAUCCGUUUGUGGGAUGCUAUGACAGGAUAUUAAAAAGCAAAAUUAGACGGUCAUACAGGUUUUGUCUAAUCAGUAUGCUUUUCUCCUGAUGGUUCUACACUAGCUUCUGCUAGUGCAGAUAAAUCUAUCUGUUUAUGGGAUUUUGAGACAAGGCAACUACAAAAAAAAUUUGAUGGUCAUAAUUUUAUGUUCUUAUCGGUUUGCUUCUCUCCUGAUGGUACUAUGUUAGCAGCUGGCAGUGCAUAUAAUUCGUUUUAUUUAUGGGAUGUUAAGACUGGAAAAUAAUAAACCAAAUUAAAUAAUCAUAAUAAUGCAGUCAAUUAAGUAUGCUUCUCUCCUGAUGGCUAUAUAAUUGCAACUGGUUGUGAUGAUACAUCUAUCUAAUUAUGGGAUGCAAAGACAGGAGAGUUAAAUACUAAAUUAGUUGGUCAUAGUAGCCAUGUAGAGUCAGUUAGCUUUUUUCCUGAUGGAUCAACAUUAAUAUCAAAGAGCAUUGAUAAUUCUAUCUGUUUAUGGGAUGUUAAAUCAGGAAAACGUACAGCCAAAUUUGAUAGUCAGAGCACUGGAAUCACUCCUUAAACCUUGUCUCCAGAUGGUACCACAUAUGCAUCUGGUAGUGAAGACAACUAUAUUUGUUUAUGGGAUGUUAAAACAGGACAAUAAAAAGCCAAAUUAAAAAGUCAACAUGAAGGAGUUCCUUUGGUAUGCUUCUUUUCUAAUGGUACUUUAGCAUCGAUUGGUAAGAAUUGUAUUAUUCAUUUUUGGGACAUUAAAACAAGAAAACUAAAAGCUAAAUUUAAAAUUCAAACCCUCAAAUCAUAAAGCUUUUCACCUGAUGGUAAUACACUUGCAUAGAUUGAGUAUUCUAAUUACAAUGGAAGCUGUAUUUAAGUAAAGGAUUUUAGGACAGGAUAAUAAAAAUUAACAAUUAGAAAUCAUAAUAUUAGAUUUUUAUCUGUAUGCUUCUCUAAAGAUGGUAAUAUAUUAGCAACUGGUACCUCAGAUAACUCCAUUCUAUUUUGGGAUAUUAGGACAGGAUAAUAAUUAAUCAAGUAAAGUUGUCUUAUGAGUUCAGUGGAUUCAUUUGACUUCUUAGAUGAUAAUAAUGAAUUAAAAUUAUAUAGAAAUAAUAUAGAUAUUAAGGAAAGAUAUAAAAUAAAAGGUCAUACUAAUCAGGUUUUAUCUGUAUGCUUCUCUCCUGAUGGCAAUACAUUAGCAUCUGGUAGCGUAGAUAAUAGCAUUCGUUUAUGGGAUGUUAGGCCAAUAUUAUAAAAUGCCACUUUAUAAGGUCUUAGAAAUAGUAUCAAUUCAGUCUAGUUCUCUUCUAAUGGGGCAAUAAUAGCACAAGUUAAUUUAGAUAACUCUAUUUAUAUUUAUGAUGUUGAAACAGGAAAACUAAUAACCAUAAUAAAAAAUCCUUAUGGUACUAUUUAUUCAGUGUGUUUUUCUCUUGAUGGAACUACAAUAGCAAGUGGUAGUGAUGAUAAAUGCAUCAAUUUAUGGGAUGUUAACACAGGCUAGCAUAAAGCAAAAUUAAUUGGUCAUAUUAAUACUGUUUAUUCAUUAUGCUUCUCUCCCGAUGGUACUAUAUUAGCAUCUGGUAGUUUAGAUAACUCUAUCCGUUUAUGGGAUGUGAAAACAGGAUAAUAAACAGCAAAAUUUGUUAAUCAUAAAAAUUGUAAUAAAUUAUUAGGCUUUUCCCCUGAUAACACUACAUUAGUCUAUAAGAGUGUGGGUACAUCUAUAAUUUUUUUGGAUGUUAAGACAGCUCAAGAUAUUAAACCUAAGUGGAAAAUUUACAGAGAUAUCCUUGACUAAUGUAAACCACAGUCUUAUAUCAAUCGAAGAUUAGAAGAUAGUAUUUAUUAUUUUUUUUAUUUUAUUUAGUAACAAGUAAUAUUAAUAUACUCUGUAUAUCUAAAGAACUUGAAUUUUAAGCAAAAGGAGCAUUAAUUCUCAAAGGAGAAUUUGUAAGUCAAUCAGGUAUAGAUUUAAUGACAAUGUUUAAAUAAAAAGGAAGUUGCAUUUUGGAAAGACAUCAAGAAAAUUGA